AUGACAUGCAACCCCGAGUGGGAAGAAAUAAAACAAGAGUUAAAACCAAAUCAAACUUCAAAAGCAAGAGCUGAUUUGAUUGCAAGAGUUUUUCGAGCAAAGCUACAAGAUCUCAAGGAUUUGUUAUAUAAAAAAGAAAUUUUUGGCCGAAUAGCAGCUCAUGUCCAUAUUAUAGAGUUUCAAAAAAGAGGUUUACCACAUGCCCAUAUAUUAAUCAUAUUGCAUCCUCAUCAUAAAUCGUCAAGUCCUGAUGAAUUUGAUAAAUAUAUUAGUGCGGAAAUUCCCGACAAAGAAAAGCAUCCAGAUUUGUAUGAAAUGGUUUCAAAGCACAUGAUGCAUGGCCCAUGUGGGAAAAAAAAUCCUACUUGCCCCUGUAUGAUUGAAGGAAAAUGCAGAUUUCACUACCCGCGCCAGUACUCACAGCAAACAACACUAGGAAAAGAUGGCUAUCCUAUAUAUAAAAGACUAAACAACGGACGACAGGUGAAGACAAGAAAAUGCGGAUUGGACAACAGAUGGGUUGUGCCGUAUAGCCCAUAUCUAUUGACCAGAUAUAGUUGCCAUGUAAAUGUAGAAGUUUGCUCGGGAUAUAAAGCAGUAAAAUACUUGUACAAAUAUAUAUACAAAGGGCAUGAUCGGGUAGCUGUAAAUAUAGCUCAUGAUGAAGACGCUAACCGAAUAGAUGAAAUAAAACAAUUCCAAGACGCAAGGUGGGUGUCUGCGCAAGAGGCUAUGUGGAGAAUUUAUGAAUUUGAACUAAAUCAAAUGCAUCCAGCUGUUAUAAAUCUUCAAUUGCACCUCUCGAAUAAGCAAUCAGUAGCAUUUUGGAAGGGAUAA